AUGCUUCAUACAAUCUGUGGCCGAUGCGCCGCUGCCGGUCCCCGGCCCUCCCAGCGCCAGUUACCUUCACGAAAAAGCUGGAGCUAUACAUCCGAGAUCCGACGUCAAAAAUAUUCCUCGUUUCUAGCAGGCCACCAAUUCGUCCAAAACCACGGCCAGGUAGUCCGUCGAUAUGCGUCCUCGUCCUCCUCGUAUACCAAAAAGAAAACACCAUUGAAAGCAAAACCGAAGCUGUCGAGCAGCCUGCCCAACGUCAACCCGUCGGCGAGCACGCGGCCUGCAGAGCUCGACCUUCCAGCCAAGCUACCGAACACCGUUCCAUUUUCGCAAAAGGCUGCUUGGGUGUUCUCCAUGGGUCGGAGCUAUCUUCAAUUCUACAAGGCGGGUUUGAAGAAUGUAUACCACAAUUACAAGGCCUCGCUGAGCUUGCGGACUACGCUUGGGCUCCCUCGAUACCUACCUACAUCGCUACCACCUGCGCGAGGUCGUCAUGGUCCUUCUAGCGCGGCGCUCGUCGCGCAGAUGGAAAGCCUCAGUAUCAGCCGCGCAGAUUUCCAGCUGGUGCGCCGGUCCGCACACGAUAUCCGUCGCAUGCUUCCUUUUGCCUUGGUACUGCUUGUCUGCGGCGAAUUCACGCCGAUAGCCGUGCUAGCACUCGGCAACGCAGUCACACCGCUUGCAUGUCGCCUUCCCAAUCAAAACAGGGCCACGAGAGAGAAACGUUUUUUGCUGAAGCGGCAGGCCCUUCAAGCCACACAGGCAGACCUGGGAUCUGCCACGCCCAUCCUCUCCGGCUCAAACGAGGAAAUGACAUGGCUGGCCCAGAACUUUGGGAAUCGCGAUUUGGUGGCCAGUUCGCGAACUGCGUCUGCACAGAUGGCGCUCCGUGGCUGUGCCGUGUUUGGCCUGGUCAAGUCACUAAAGCGGGCGCCGUGGUGGGUGCCAUUGAUCUACAGGCCACGGCUCAUUCGGUGGGUGGAAUACCUGGAGCUCGAUGAUAAGAUGCUACUCCGAGGCGGCGGUGUGGAAGCAUUGAACGCUGAAGAAGUGCGCAUUGCGGUGGAAGAGCGCGGCGGUGUUUCCUUCGAGGAUUCGAACUUGGGUCCAGCUCAGAGCGUUGCUCGGGACCGGGAAUGGCUUACGAGGUGGUUCGCGGCGAGGAAGAGUAUACUCGGGCUUAAGGAUUAG